AGAACAUAACAGGACCUCAUGCGACAUCACGUGAAGCGUGGCGAUAAUAUUUACAAGGUUUAAUAAGUAAGACUUUGACCGGUGUUUGUUGUGCGUAAAUAAGUACGGUAAAACGUGAAUUUCAGUUAACAGUAUUAAGAUAAAUUUUAAAACUAGUUGAGAAUGUCUGGAGAAGGCCUAGCGAAAAUUUUAUCCGGAACAGAAGUAGCUCGAGAGAUUCGAAACCAUCUAGCAAAUGAAGUGAAGGAAAUUAAACAAAAAUUUCCAGAUUUCAAGCCAAAGCUUGUUAUUGUACAGGUAGGAGGCCGAGAAGACUCAAAUGUUUACAUUCGAAUGAAAAUACAGGCAGCUGCCGAAGUUGGUGUUGAAGCAACUCACAUAAAUUUUCCUCGUUCAAUCAGCCAAGGAGAGCUUAUUUCAGAAGUUCAGAAACUCAAUGGAAACCCAUCCAUUCAUGGAAUUAUAGUACAGCUUCCCUUGGACAGUGAGGAGCCCAUAGACUCAAACCUGAUCACAAAUUCAGUAUCACCUCAUAAAGAUGUUGAUGGAAUUCAUGAUGAAAAUGCUGGGCGACUUGCUCAUGGACAGCUUGAGGGAUUUUUCUUACCUUGUACACCUUCAGGUUGUAUGGAGUUGAUUAAACGAUCAGGUAUUACUCUGAAAGGUAGUAGAGCUGUGGUGAUUGGUCGCAGCAAAAUAGUUGGAAUGCCAAUGGCCCAGUUAUUAUGCUGGCAUCAUGCAACAGUGACAAUUUGUCACUCACGCACCAAAGAUUUGCCACAAGUUGUGAGAGAGGCAGAUAUUGUUGUUGCUGGUGUUGGUCAACCUCAAAUGGUAAAGAAGGAUUGGGUGAAACCAGGAGCUGUUGUAAUUGACUGUGGAAUUAAUGCAAUACCUGAUUCAACAAAGAAGUCUGGAUCCAAAUUAGUGGGGGAUGUUGCCUAUAAUGAAGUUCAACAUGUGGCAUCACACAUAACUCCUGUUCCAGGAGGUGUUGGUCCCAUGACAGUCGCUAUGUUAAUUUCCAACACUGUGAAAGCAGGGAAAUUGGCAUUAGAGAAAAUAUUAGAAUUGAAAUGGCAAAUUUGUAUACUUCACAGUGACAUUGAAAUAUCACGUUCCCAAUCACCAAAAGACAUAGAAGAAUUAGCAGCUGAAAUAGGACUUUUUACUCAAGAAUAUGAAUUGUAUGGGAGAAAAAAAGCAAAAGUGUCCAUCAGUGUUUUAGAACGUUUAAAAAACAGGAAAAAUGGAAAAUAUGUUGUUGUUGCUGGAAUCACACCCACGCCUCUUGGAGAAGGUAAGAGCACUACAACAGUUGGUCUGAGCCAGGCUCUUGGAGCCCAUUUAAAAAAGAAUGUUUUUGCCUGUAUGAGACAACCGUCACAAGGUCCUACAUUUGGAAUUAAAGGGGGUGCUGCUGGAGGUGGAUAUUCCCAAGUUAUUCCUAUGGAUGAAUUUAACUUGCACUUGACAGGUGAUAUUCAUGCUAUUACAGCUGCAAACAAUCUUCUAGCGGCUCAAAUUGAUGCUCGUAUGUUUCAUGAGGCAACACAGAGUGAUGAGGCACUUUAUGGUCGCUUAGUACCGUCCGAAAAAGGGGAACGAAAAUUCUCAAAAAUCCAACUGGCAAGACUCAAGAAACUAGGUAUUGAGAAGACAAAUCCAGGUGAUCUCAGUCCAGAAGAAAUCAAAAUGUUUGUGAGAUUAGAUAUUGAUCCUGAUACUAUUAUCUGGCAACGAGUCAUUGACACAAAUGAUCGUUUCCUUAGAAAAAUAACUAUUGGCCAGUCCCCUACUGAGAAAGGACAUACUCGAGAGACCCACUUUGAUAUUUCUGUGGCCAGUGAGAUAAUGGCCAUAUUAGCACUGACCACAAGCCCACAAGACAUGAGGGAGCGCCUUGGAAAAAUUGUUGUUGCUAGUGACCGCUCUGGCAAUCCAGUUACUGCUGAUGAUUUGGGUGUUUCAGGUGCUUUGACUGUACUUAUGAAAGAUGCUAUUAAUCCUAAUUUGAUGCAAACUCUAGAAGGCACCCCAGUUUUUGUACAUGCUGGACCAUUUGCUAAUAUUGCUCAUGGAAGCUCCUCAAUUCUUGCUGACAAAAUAGCAUUGAGUUUAGUUGGUGAAGAUGGAAUAACAGUAACUGAAGCAGGGUUUGGAGCUGAUAUUGGCAUGGAAAAAUUCUUCAACAUCAAAUGUCGUUACUCAGGACUAAUACCAAAUGCUGUAGUUUUAGUAGCAAGUAUCCGAGCUCUCAAAAUGCAUGGAGGUGGUCCAAUUGUCACAGCUGGGACUCCUUUGGCUAAGGAAUAUAAAGAAGAAAACCUUGAACUGUUGAAAAAUGGUUUCUGUAACUUGGCCAAACAAAUCAGCAAUGCUUCCAAAUUUGGAGUACCUGUUGUUGUUGCCAUCAAUCAGUUUGUUACAGAUACUCAAGCUGAAUUACAGCUUGUUCAGAAACUUUGCAAAGAAAAUGGAGCUUUUGAUGCUAUUAUAUGUAACAACUGGGCCAAAGGAGGUGAAGGUGCCAUUGAGCUAGCAAAUGCUGUUAUCCGAGCCACAGAAAAGCCAUCCAGCUUCAAGUUCUUAUAUGAUCUGCAGCUUCCCAUUGAGGACAAGAUUGAAAUCAUAGCCAAAGAAAUAUAUGGGGCUGAUGGGAUAGAAUUGCACCCAAAGGCCAAACAAAAAAUUGAACUUUACACGAAACAGGGUUUCAAUAACUUGCCAAUCUGUAUGGCUAAGACUCAGCUUUCUCUCUCUCAUGAUCCAAGCCGAAAAGGAGUACCUACUGACUUUGUCUUACCUAUUCGAGAUGUUCAAGCAAGUGUUGGGGCAGGAUUUUUAUUUCCUUUAGUGGGAACAAUAACCACAAUGCCUGGCCUACCAACCAGACCUUGUUUCUAUGAUAUUGACCUGAACUUAGAAACUGGAAAUGUGGAAGGACUUUUUUAAUUCUUCUAACAAAACAGGAAUGGAUCUAAGUGGAUGUUGCUUUUUUAUUCUUUAUGUGCUCAAAAACCCUUGUAAAAAAAUCUAUGAUUUCAGAAAAAAAUACUCUAUUCUUUAGAAUAUGAGCUAAAAAAAACUUUUCAAAUUGCAAGUGUUUAUAAAACUGAUUAUUAGUUUUUUUAAGAAAGGUUCAAAAUGUGUUUGGUUAAACUAAUGGUUGUAGUUCACAUCCUAAACAAUUUUUUUUUUGUUUUGAUUGGGAAUUUAGAAAUUAAGUACAACGUAAAAAGAAGUAAAAUACUACUUGAGGACACUUUUAGUUCUCAAGGGAUUUAUUUGCUAUGUUAUGUUAUUUUGGUUUUGGUAGAUUCUCAUAACCACUGUAUUGUAGAUGAUUAGAAGAACAAAUGUGUUUUCGAGAAGUAACCAUAAUAUGAUUGUCUUCCGUCCAUAAGUAAUUUAGUGGGCUUGGUGGCACCAUAUUAGAUUUAAAUAUUUUUACAGUUUUUUUUAAAAGAUUGUUUACUACACAUUUUUUGUAAAGAUUAAUGAGAUAUAAUCAAAAUAUAA